AUAAUAUUCCUCAAAGGAAGAAUAAGUAUCCAUCCAUCAAAAUAUUCGAGGUACAAAUCAGAGUGUUCACUGGGGAGCUGGGAAACAUCUAGGCUCAAGAGUAGAACAGCCCAGGAUGUCUAGAGCCAAGACGUUGGUCUUCAACAACCUCAGAAGUUUGAGUUCCCUGUUUUUUGGCAAGCAGGUGAGAAGACGUCCCAAGAGUCACCCGAUGAUACCAGAAAGAGCAUGUGCUGGGGGAUCCUGUGUUUUAAGAAAUAGGAAUAAAUCCUUACAUCCACUCUGGACAAGCCCCAUAUCUGUACCAGGAGGCACUCAGCAAUCUCCUAUCAAUAUUCAGUGGAGAGACAGUGUUUAUGACCCUCAUUUGAAACCUCUGAAAAUCCACUAUGACCCCUCUUGUUGUCUUCAUGUAUGGAAUACAGGAUACUUGUUCCAGGUUGAAUUUGAUGAUUCUACUGAUGGAUCGGGAAUUAGUGGGGGACCCCUGGACAAUCAUUACAGACUCAAACAGUUCCACUUCCAUUGGGGAGAAAUCAAUGACUGGGGCUCAGAACAUACAGUGGACAAUCAAGUUUACCCAGCUGAGCUUCAUUUAGUACACUGGAAUUCUGCCAAAUAUCAAAAUUACAAAGAAGCAGUAAUGGGAGAAAGUGGUCUGGCAGUGAUAGGAGUGUUUUUGAAGCUGGGAGCAGAGCAUAAGGAGCUACAGAAGUUGGUCAAUAUCUUACCAGGAAUUAAGCAUAAGGAUACUCGUGUGACCUUUGACAGAUUUGAUCCCUCAUGUCUUUUGCCCUCCUGUCAAGAUUAUUGGACUUAUGCUGGAUCUUUGACCACCCCACCACUUACAGAAUCUGUCACUUGGAUCAUUAAGAAAAAACCUAUUGAAAUUGGUCAUAAUCAGAUAGCUGAGUUUCGGAGGCUGCUGUUUUCUGCCCUUGGGGAGGAAGAAAGGAAAAUGGUGAACAACUUCCGCCCACUUCAGCCCCUCAUGAAUCGUAUUGUCCGGUCAUCCUUCCAAUCCUAGCAAUUUUGAAAUAAAGAAAUCUGAAAUAGAAUCCUUCUUUCACACCCCCA